AAGUUUUAUAUACCUUUUCACCUUCAAAGAGGACCGAGCUUGCAAUUCUUGAGAGUUCAAUUCCACGAUGAAGUUAGCUAUAGCUGUUCUUCUAGUCUGUGUGGCUGCACCACAAAUUUUUGCAUUCUCGCUCCCAUCUUUCGAGUAUGGCGAAGCUUUCGAAAAAGUCAAGGAAAUUGGACAAGAGGUUGUUCGUGAGGUUGGAAGACAUGCUGAAGAGAAGAAGAACUCGUUGCUCGAAUCAGGAGAACAAGCAAUGGAAAAGUUGAGGCAGUUGAAAGAAGAGGCUAACAAACGAGCUGGAGAAAUGCAAGAAACCUUAGGAGAAUCUAGCGAGCAAGCCAUGGAGAAAUUGAGAGAACUGAAAGAACAGGCAAGCCAGCGUGCCGAGAAACUGAAAGGAAACGCUGAAGAAAUUUUGGAAGAGCAAAAGAAAUCUCUCCAGGAAACUGGAGAACAAGCUGUGGAGAAGUUGAAGCAACUUAAAGAACAGGCCAGCAACCGUGCUGAGGAGAUGAAAGAAACCUUCCACGAAAAAAGAGAAGAAGCCAUGGAGAAGUUAAGUAAUCUGAAAGAGCAGGCAAGUCAACGUGCCGAGGAAGUGACAGGAAACGUAGAAGAAAUGGUGGAAGAGACGAAGAAAACAUUCCACGAUAAAAGAGAAGAAGCGAUGGAAAAGUUGAGGAAUCUGAUAGGAAACGCUGAAGAAAUGUUGGAAGAGCAAAAGAAAUCUCUCCAAGAAACAAGAGAACAAGCUGUAGAGAAGCUGAAACAACUUGGAGAACAGGCGAGCAACCGUGCUGAGGAGAUGAAAAAUGCCUUCCACGAAAAAAGAGAAGAAGCCAUGGAGAAGUUGAGAAAUCUGAAAGAACAGGCAAGCCAGCGUGCCGAGAAACUGAAAGGAAACGCUGAAGAAAUUUUGGAAGAGCAAAAGAAAUCUCUCCAGGAAACUGGAGAACAAGCUGUGGAGAAGUUGAAGCAACUUAAAGAACAGGCCAGCAACCGUGCUGAGGAGAUGAAAGAAACCUUCCACGAAAAAAGAGAAGAAGCCAUGGAGAAGUUGAGUAAUCUGAAAGAGCAGGCAAGUCAACGUGCCGAGGAAGUGAAAGGAAACGUAGAAGAAAUGGUGGAAGAGACGAAGAAAACAUUCCACGAUAAAAGAGAAGAAGCAAUGGAAAAGUUGAGGAAUCUGAGAGGAAACGCUGAAGAAAUGUUGGAAGAGCAAAAGAAAUCUCUCCAAGAAACAAGAGAACAAGCUGUAGAGAAGCUGAAAAAACUUGGAGAACAGGCGAGCAACCGUGCUGAGGAGAUGAAAAAUGCCUUCCAUGAAAAAAGAGAAGAAGCCAUGGAGAAGUUGAGAAAUCUGAAAGAACAGGCAAGCAAACGUGCCGAAGAAGUGAAAGGAAACGUAGAAGAAAUGGUGGAAGAGACGAAGAAAACACUCCACGAAAAAAGAGAAGAAGCCAUGGAGAAGUUGAGAAAUCUGAAAGAACAGGCAAGCAAACGUGCCGAAGAAGUGAAAGGAAACGUAGAAGAAAUGGUGGAAGAGACGAAGAAAACACUCCACGAAAAAAGAGAAGAAGCCAUGGAGAAGUUGAGAAAUCUGAAAGAACAGGCAAGUCAACGUGCCGAGGAAGUGAAAGGAAACGUAGAAGAAAUGUAUGAAGAGAACAAGAAAGCACUGCAAGAAAAAAGAGAACAAGCCAUGGAGAAGUUAUUGGAAUUAAAACAGAAAGCGUUGAGCCAAAAGGAGAUACUGAAAGAAAAGAAACAACAGUUGAAAGAGAAGAUGAACCAACUGUGGGAUGAUAUGAAGCAAAAAGCUGGUACGAACAAAGAGCAGCUGCAGGAAGCCUUCCAACAGAAGAAACAAGAAAUGAAAGAAUACUGGAACGAGUUGAACAAGCAAGCUGGUGAGAGCAAAGAAAAAUUCAGGAAAAUCUGGAGGGAGAACAAGGGCAAUUGGCGCAACAAGACAGAGGAGCAAUGGAUGAAGUUCACUGAAGUGACCACUGAACAACUCGACCGCGCCAGAUCAGAGAUUGCUGCUCUUCAAGAGCGACUGGGUUCCAGCCUUCCCGACAGACCUCUCGAACAAAUCAAAGACAUGAAAACGACUGUCAAGGACAUAAUACAGUCCCUGAAAGAAUCCCUGAAAGUUAAACUGCAACAACUGCAACCCGAGGAGCCUGAGCCAACAGAAACUCCUGUCAGCGGCGAACCCAGCGAGAGCCCUGAAAUAGAAGAGCCUGAGCCGACAGAACUUCCGUUCAGCGGUGAGCCCAGCGAAGCUCCAGUCACCGAAAGCAAUGCCGCAGAGGAGGAGGAGGAACAGAAAAGAGAAUCCAAUCUUUUCUCGCGUAUCCUAUCCGACCGCAGAAGACGCAGAAUGAAACAGAUCUUGAAGCACGGAAGAUCCUCCUUGUGGAAGUUGUGGAAAAAGAGCAGAGGACUUCACUCUCUGAAAAGUCAGCCCUAAGUUUCUUCCCUGGUUUUUUUCCCGGAUAACGUUUUGAUUUAUACAGUUAAUUUAUAUAUCAUUUCAAGGGUACCAUGGGUUCAUUAUAGGGAGAUCUGAUUAAAAACUGUUCUAAGGCUCUCGAUUGUGAAAUUCUGUGAACUUUUUGUUGAAGUUGUAAACCACUUUUCCGAUCUUUCUUUACCAUGUGUAACGCUAGUUUCUCGUCAUCAAACUGUCGUCCUCUUUGCCGACGACAGUGAGCUCAGUGAUUUUCUCAGUUUCAUAUCGAUAAACUUCGGAGGGGACCGAGUAUCAACCGUGCAAUUUCAUGUGUGAGUCGAAAAGUUGCUUUGAUCAAAUAAAAACAUUUUGAAUUAUAAGA